AUGGAAACCUAAAUUUUGAGAUAAUAUUUAAGUUCAAAUGAGACUUACUAAAAAACUGAAGAAUUCAAACUCAAAAUCCUAUAUUCUGAUAUAUAUUUUAUUAAAUAGCUUCAAUCUUCUAUAGUGAAAAUAAUCAAAGAUCCAUUUGAAAGUCCCAAUACAAAACUCAUGGCUUUGAAAUUAAACAAAGAACUUGUCGAAACAUUUAAUAGCAAUUACAUUUAUGCACUCUAAAAAACGUUAUUGCCCUUAUUUGAAGAUAUUGCAAAAUACAAAUAUACAUCAGAUGACCCAGAUAGAGGAGUAACUUAUUUUUUAAAUGGUGAAUGUCCGAAUUCAGAUAAUAGAGAUUUGCAAGUUACUGGAGAAUAAUUUUUUAGAGUGGUAUUAGAAUGCAUAAGAGUUUGGAGUAGAUGGUUUCCUUUAGAUUACCAAUCAUACUAUUUAAGUUCUUUUAAGAUCGUCUAUGAAAAGCUAGUAAAGCUAGGGGUUAAAUUUCCAAAAAUCAUUUAUUUUGAAAACAUUCAGGAGAAUAUUCCUCAUUAAUUAAUACCUUUAUCGAUGAUCAUUCAGUUAAGAGAACUACUCAAAAAUCAAGUUAAUCUCUCAACUAAAUAAAUUAGAAAUUAUCUGGCCAUGAAUCCUGCCCAUUUGUUUUAUUAACAUAAAUAUACUACAUAUAGUGAUUUUUUUUAUUAGAUUAAAAACAAAAAUCCUGUUUUAAGAAAAAAAGUCUUAAGAAAGGCAACAUUUCUAUUAGAAAAAGAAUUUGAAAAUCUAGAGAAUAUGAAAAAAGAUCCCUAGUAUAAUCCUAUAUCAUCAGAUACAUUGUAGAUUGAAAAUCUCUGUCUGCAAAACCUAUAUAAUGCCUUAUCAAUAAAGGUUCCAGAACUUCAAACCUAAGUUAUUCAAUUACAAAAUAAGGUUGUUAGUUUAGAAAAACAACUAUUAGACAGAGAAUAAAAAAUAAAUGAAUUACAAAAUGAAAUAUAGCAAUUAUAAAAACAAUUUUCUCUCAACAUUAAUUAAUUUUUAACUUCUAAUGAUUUAUCGAAUAGUCAAUUAUUUCAAACCGAUGUUACAAAAUUGAAAUUACAUUUUGGAAUUUACGAUUAAAGUUAUGAAAUAGAAAAAUUGAAGUCUCUUGUAUAUAAAUCUGAUUUUAAAAUCGAAGAAUUAAAUGAAAAACUAGAUGAAACUAUCAGAAAAAAAAAUUAAUUGUAGGAAGAAAAUAAAACUUUAAAUUAAACACUAUUAGUUUUGGAGAGGAGACUUAUAUAAAAUACUAAACAACCUAUUAUAUCAACACAACAAUGUUUAAGUGAAUAUCGACCCAAUACUAUGACUAACAUAAGCUAAACAGGUACCAUGGUUUCAAAAAAAUAAAAAAAUUCUGGAUUUUAAAACUCCUUGUUAUUAUCAUUAAGACAACAAGUCCUUGGAUAAUAACUGUACAUCAAAGCGUUAUAAAACCAAUUGAUUAAGUUUGAUAAAUUUCUAUUACACUCCGGUCAUACCAAUUCUGUACUCUCUUAUAAUACAGCAUCCACUUAAUAUAAAGUCCCUAUGUACUCUCCAAAAUCCUUCUCUUAACCUAAAUCAAGAGGAUCAAAUGAAAUAACAUCCCCCUUUGUAGAUUAUGAUGGAAAGAUUUUUGCAAUACUUCCUGAUGCUUUUACAGUCAAAUUUAGGUAAUCCUGUUUGCUUAAAAAAUCCAUUUUAUAUUCUGAUGACAACCUAUAAAUUGGAGUUCAAACCAGCUUAUAGUCAAAUUAAUAACUCUUAAUUAAUGUAGUUUUACAUAAUAGAACCAAAGAAUAAAUACAAAAUUUGUGCAUUGCGUUUUAAAAGUCUCAGAAUCUAUAAUUUUAGGCUUACCCUGCUAAUAUUUAAUAAUCUUUAAAAGGAAAUGAAUAAGUAUCCUAAAAAGUAUUCAUAUAAUUUGAAUAACUUCCCUAUUAGUUAUUAGAAUUUUCAAUUAAUUAUAAGAUAUAGACAUAGUUGCAUAGCAUAAAACUUUGUCUUCCGUGCACAGUCAAUAAAUUUUUCAAUUUUUUAGAAGUCCCAUAAGAAUGUCCCUAAUCAUAUUUUUAUAAUAGUAAAAUCUUUCAAACCAGUUUUUAAAAUUAAAUAGGACAUUUGUUACCUGAUUUUUAAAUUAAUUAAAUUAAUGAGUAAUUUGUUGAAGCUUUUGCAAGAAUUUAAAUUGAAAAAUCUAUAUUUUUGAUUUCAAUCUCAUCUAAAAACAAUCAAAUGUAAAUUAAAUUGAAUGGAAAUUAUUCCGAUAAAUUAGUGGAAUGCAUUGUAUCAACCUAUUAAGGGCUAUUUAUGAAGAGAUGA